GUCAGUCAGCGAGCUCCUGGGCCGCCGUCAUGUGAAGCCGGUUCCUCCGGCAUCGCGAAGUAGGCGCCCUGACCUCCGUCUUUCAUCGGAGAUAUUUGUUGACGGCGGCGGGGGUGGGGGAAUGUCUGCCGGUCCCUGAGGCGGGGUCGUGGCGUGGAAAAUGGCGGCGCUGAGGGUCAAGCUGCCGGGCUGCGGCUCGUCCGUCGAUCCCGCCUUGCGGCUGCCGGCGGUGGAUGGCGAGCGGCAGCAGGCUGCCGGCGACGUACCGGCGCCCCCAGAAGACAGGGACUACCAGCUGGAUGACCUGGAGACGGUAGCCACCGUGGGGACUGGAACCUUCGGACGAGUUCUGCUGGUCAAAGACAAAAAGACAAGAGAAUAUCGUGCUUUGAAAGUGAUGAGCAUUCCUGAUGUAAUUCGCCUUAAACAGGAGCAGCACGUACACAAUGAGAAAAGCAUACUAACGGAAAUCCAUCAUCCAUUUCUUAUAAAACUGUACUGGACACAUCAUGACGAAUGCUUUUUAUAUAUGCUAAUGGAAUAUGUGCCUGGAGGUGAACUGUUUUCUUACUUGCGUAACUUGGGACGUUUCAACAAUAGUACUGGACUUUUUUACUCUGCAGAGAUUGUGUGUGCAAUGGAGUAUCUACAUGCCAAAGAUAUUGUUUACAGAGAUUUAAAACCUGAAAAUAUUUUACUGGACAGAGAUGGUCAUAUAAAACUUACAGAUUUUGGAUUUGCAAAGAAACUUGUUGACCGCUCUACAGCACGAGAACAAACAAGUUCCAAUAAUAACUUGCAACUUCAAUGGAGCACCUUGCAACAAGGUUGGGUGGCAUCUGACGUAACUUGGACACUCUGUGGUACUCCAGAAUACCUUGCACCAGAAGUCAUCCAGAGUAAAGGUCACGGAAGAGCUGUGGACUGGUGGGCAUUAGGUGUGCUGAUGUUUGAAAUGCUUUCAGGUUAUCCCCCAUUUUUUGAUGACAAUCCUUUUGGAAUUUAUCAAAAGAUUCUUGCUGGAAAAUUGGACUUCCCAAAACACCUCGAUUUCUAUGUGAAAGACCUUAUAAAAAAGCUUCUGGUUAUUGACCGGACAAGACGAUUAGGGAAUAUGAAGAAUGGAGCAGAUGAUGUUAAGCGUCACAGAUGGUUCAAGUAUGUAGACUGGGAAGCAGUGCCUCUAAGAAAACUAAAGCCACCAAUAGUACCGAAGCUGUCUCAUGAUGGGGAUACAUCAAAUUUCGAAACCUACCCAGAAAAUGAGUGGAAAAAAAUUUCUCCUGUGCCUCCCAAGGAUCUGGAAAUUUUCAAAACCUUUUGAUUAUGCCACCAUACACGCUAAAAUGAUUUCUUCUUCCCCACAGAGGACUGAGUAGAGGUGUGACCAAGGUGAAUGUGCUUAGAAGAAGAAUCAGGCAUCAAACUGCACAUUUGUUCCUCCACUUUGAUUUUUCAACGCGGCUGCCUGUGCCUGGUGUUCCCGUGCAAGUCAGCACGUUGAAAGGUUCCAGACAUAAAUGUGGUUUGACUUUGAUAUCAAUCAAUGUGAUACAAUUGAAAGAUGCAUUCUGAAGUCUGGAAGUCUAAACUGGAUUUUUUAAACAUAGAAUAUAAUAUAGAUUAUGUAAAAAUAAAUCUGAAUUUUUAUGGUCAUUAUUUUAUUGCAUGUCCAAUAUGACACCUGUUUUUAAUUGAAUUCUUUGAUUGUCUUUUAGAAAAUCUAUUAUUAAAAAAACAGAUCCGGAUUCUUUAUUAUUGUAAAAUUGCCUUGAUUAAAAAAGCACAAUUACUUCCUUACAAUGAUGUAUUUUUUUAAAAAAAACUGUUUAUAUAGGUGUAAAAUUAGGGUCAUAUCAUUUUGUAAAUACGGAUAUCCAAAAUGGAUGCACUAUGCAAAUAUAAUUGUUUUUAAGUUUUAAAAUCAGGAUAUGGUUUAUAAGAAUAUGUAUAUAGAUUUUGUUUAAAGGGAUCAUUCUGAAUACCAGUAUCUUGCCAUUUUCUCUGUUUGCUGUCAUACAGCAAAGUGUUCUGGAGUUAUCAUUGGCUCCCAUCAGUUAAUGAAUUGUAAAUUCUAUUCUAGUUCUAAAACAGGUGUGCAAAGUAAAUAUUGCACUGUGUGUGUGUGUAUGUGUGUAUAUAUAUAUAUGUGUAUAUAUAUAUAUAUAUAUAUAUAUAUAUAUAUAGUUGCAAUGGCAAAGAAGCUUAUGGCUGCUGCUUGUUUCCAUCAGCAUUAAAUGGAAGGUUGGGGUCGUGAAGGGUUUAAUUCUAAAACUUCCGAUUCAUUAUUGUAUCAGAUUUUUUUUCUUAAGUGUAUGUGAGUUCAGGAUUUAAGCACAGAAUAAAUAAUGAGGUUGAGGUGAGCAUCAGAGCUUUCAGACUUGAGUAAAUUUUGGAGAGCAUGGUUCACUAAGCCUCUGUAACAAGCACAUUAUUCAUGCUGCAUCAGUAUGAGUUUUUUUUUAAAUUGAAUAGCAGCAACACUUUAAAAAAAAAAUUAGACAUUACAUUUGUUUUGACAAUGUUUGCAUGUAUUCAACAGCUGGUUUAAUUGAUUGAAAGAAACUCAGUACGGCACUAAAUUGAGGACACGUAUGAUCUUCCUUGUUUGUUAUAUCUUAAUUUUUUCUGACCUCUAGUCCCUGACUAUUCCUUUUAUCAUCUCAAACAAUGAACAAACUGAUACUGCUUCUCCACCAGUGCCAGUCCUCUUUAAACAUGCUGACCUAAUAAAUGUAUUUGCCUAGCAGAUUAACGUGUUCCCUUUAAUGCCCUUCUGAUGGCCCAACUCAGCAAAAACACUUGUAUGUGGACAAUAUCAUUCUAUGGCCAGCCCAGUCAGUGCACAUAACACUUGUUGCCUUAUUCACUGCACAGUUGACUCCCUCAGGAUCAAUGGCCAUAAAUCCCUCUCCUUUGAAAAGUGGCUCAUUAGCUGAAUUUUAUUUAUAUUGCUAAAUGCGCUUUAUCCAACUGUUGUUUGUCAUUUGAUGAAGUUGAUUAACUGUAUGCCAGACAGAUGAGAGAUGCUGACUGAACACUUAUAGAACUUCAAGCUGAAAUUGUUAUUUUUCAAAGGCAUUUUAUUAAAUAUUGUGUACUGCAAAUCAAUCUUAUUUUUGUUGUGUACUUUACAGUAUUAGGGUUUACAGCUAGCCUGCAUUUUUGUUUGAACUGCUUUAUUCAUUGACUACUAUUUAGUUGGUAUUCUCUUAAUAUUGCUUUAUAGACAAUGCCUAACUUCUGUUGUUUGACAAAAUAAUGUAGAUUAGCUACUUGAUAAUGUGUAAAAUUUGUAAAGGAAUAAUUUUACUUUUAACAAGAAUAUACUGUACAAUAGGUUUACAGAUUUCCACAUUUGCUAUGAUGAUCAUGACAUUUAAUUGUCACUUGCACAGCCUGAUUACCUACAAUCCACAUCCUGCAAAGAAAAGCAAAAAAUUGAAACCCAAAUUGGAAAUGGAGAGGGCCUGUUGGCAAAAGACUCGUGGUUGCCUUUUCUGAAUACACUGAUCUUUCGAGUUUAUAAGUUGCAAAAUAGAUUACCACUCAGUACAGCUUAGUUUAUGCAAUAUUUGUUAUUUAAAAUGUACAAAUGUUUAUUGUCAUUAGAAACCACUUUUCACUUGUAUUUGUACCAAAUUACAGAAGCAAAUGGGAAUCUAAUGAUGAAUUGUAAUUGUAUCAGAGUAUUAAUAAUACUUCACUAUAUUUUGAGUUUCUUUUGCUUAGUUACAGGCUCUCCAUUAAUUCAGACACUUAAAACCUAAUGGUGAAGUAAAAAUGAGUUCUUUCAGAAGCUUGGCCUGUGUAUUUACAGUUGAGAAAAUAGGUAAGAACCUGCUGAUGUGUGUUUUUGAUCUUGGAGGUGCUAGGUGCAACCAGUUAAUGACUGUUUCAAUCCUGAUAGAGGACCUGAUAGAGGUGUAUAAGAUGAUGAGAGGUAUUGAUAGGGUAGAUAGUCAGAUGCUUUUCCCCAGGGCUGAAAUGGUGGCCACAAGAGGACACAGGUUUAAGGUGCUGGGGAGUAGAUGUAGAGGAGAUGUCAGGGGUAAGUUUUUUUUACUCAGAGUGGUGAGUACAUGGAAUGGGUUGCUGGAAAUGGUGGUGGAGGCGGAUACGGUAGGGUCUUUCAAGAGACUGUUAAAUAGGUAUAUGGAGCUGAGUAAAAUAGAGGGCUCUGGGUCAGCCUAGUAAUUUCUAGGGUAGGGACAUAUUCGGCACAGCUUUGUGGGCCAAAGGGCCUGAAUUGUGCUGUAGGGUUUUCUAUGUUCUAUUUGAGGAGGAUCAAAGAUGGAGCUUUUUGUACAAAGGACUUCUCUUUCUCUCCCAUUCAUGUAAAUGUGACCAACCUACAGAAUUUUCUUAACCUUUUAAUUUCUGUUUUCAAAAAACUGGCAUUGCAUGUUGCAGUGUACACUUUUGUGCAAUCAUUUAUGGGCCAUUUUGAUCAUAAGGUCUGUUUAGGGGCCUAUUCCAGUAUCUGCAACCUUGUGUACCAAAGUCUGGUGGUGUGGCAACACUGCCCAUGGUUUGUAAUGUUAAAACUCCUUGUGUGUACUGGAUAUUACUGUUUUGUCAUGUGGUUCUUUCUGGAAGAUAGACUGAUAAAGUACAAGAGCACGAGAAAAUAAGAGCAGGUCAUUCAGGCCCUCUGCCCUGCAAUUCAAUAUGAUCAUGGCUGAUCUAUGUUGGCCUCAACUCUCUUGUGCCAGUUCCCCACAGCCCUCAAUUCCUCCAUCUUACAAAUAUUUAUCUCUCUCCACCUUCAAUAUAUCUGAUGAUCUGGCCCCCCACCACCCCUUGGGGCAGAGAAUUCCAGGGAUUUGCCACCCUCUGAGAGAAGAGAUUUCUAUGCACCUCAGCUUUAAAUGAUCAGCCCCUUAAUUUGUAACCAUAUCCCCUUGUUCACUACUCUCCCACUAGUGGAAAUGUCAAUGUCCACCCUGUCAUUGCCCCCUUUUGAAUCAUGUAUUUUUGAAUAUAGUUAUCCCUCAUUCUUCUGAACUUCAAGGAAUAAAGACCCAAACGGUCUGAUCUCCAUCCUAGAACAACCCCCUCACCCAGGAAUGAGCCUGGUGAAUCUUCUCCAAUACCACUAUAUCUUCUUCUGGAUAGUGAGGCCAAAACUAGUGAGAGAAUUGUUCUAUAAUUCAAAGAAGCUUCCAGUUAAGAAAGCACACCAUUCUCAACUAUUUAAGCAGGCUGACUUCAGUUGUUGGACUUGUAAAGUUUCCAAAAUCUAGUCCUACCUCUGUGAUUGUUGUCAUUUAUGGGCCAUGUGAUUGUUACUACGAAAACUCUGCAGACUGGCUUGGGUUCCAUCUGGGCAGAAAUCCAAACAUCAGAGUCCUUUUGGGUUUGGCCAUUGGAGCUGCCAAUUCAAACCUGCUGUCAUCAGUCUAUCUAUAAGAACUUUUGGAAGCUGUUAUCCUCCUGGGGUUAAGUGACUGGACCAUUCCAGCACAUUGUGUGAAUGUUUCAGGAAUUUAUUAACAAACUGGAUUGUCUUAAACCUCCAUUCUGACAGAUGGUUCAUCUGGACCCAAUCCACAUUCUAGAAACUGGAUUUAGUCCCUUGUGAUCGGAAUUUAAUUUAAGAGUAUAAUUUCAAUUUGCUAAUUUAUCCUAGUCUUAGUUGUCAGAUAUUUGAAGUGUAGCUGUUGACAUCAAAAGCUUGAAGCAGCGUGUGAUAAAUCAAUGUUUUUCUCCUGGAUUAUCACUUUCAGCACAAUCUGUAAAUCAAAUGUACAGAGAAACAAAACGAAACGAAAGCAACAAACAAACUGCUGGAAGAACUCAGCGGCUCGAGCAGCAUCUGUAGGAGGAAAGGAAUUGUCAAUGUUUCAGGUUGAAACUCUGCAUCAGCACAGAUGCUGCUCGACCCAGAGUUGUUCCAGCAGAUUGUCUGUUGCCCUAGAUUCCAGCAUCUGCAGUCUCCUGUGUCUCCAAUGCAGAAACUUAGUCGGAGCAUUCUUCGGUAUGAACUGAUCACAAUUAUUGUCUCCUUGAUCAGGUUUAUUUUUAACCAUUCUAAUUAUGCGAACAUUUGUUUUGUAAGUCAGUUAUUCAGCGUUGUACAGUCAUUGAUUUAUUCUUUCAGUUGCUGAAGUGCAGCCAAAAAGCUAGGUUUGCCUUUCUGGACUGUUUUUCUUUGCAGCA